AUGGCAAUCUUACCAUCGAGCCUCCUCCUACUCAUAUACGUAUUCUCGACUUAUGUUAAUGCUGAUUUCUCCUUACCAUCUGAAGUAACGAGUUUCAUUCCAGCGUGCGCUCAAAUCUGCUUUGAGUCCUUUAUACAAGACAACUAUCCAACCAGUGUUUGUGGCGACACACCUACGUUAGACUGCAUCUGCGAGAAUGGCAGCAAGUCUACAUAUACGGUGGGAGAGGGGGCAGUCCAAUGUAUAAUGUCAGAGGCUAGUGUUGGCUUCUGUAAUGGAGAUGAUUCUUCUAAUGAUACGGUAUUACAGGCAUAUGAUAUGUGUAACUCCGACCAGAGUGCGCUGCCAAACACACACAGCACUCUCACAGCAACUCUUGUUCUACAAUCAGGCUCCGCAAGUAUCGUACAGAUUGCCCCAGUAGCUACGACAAGCGCUAGUGGUUCAGUAGCCACAACUUUGCACACAACUGCACCCACAGCUACUCCAAGUUCGACUACUAAUUCAAAACCGUCGACUGGAGUACCACAACCGGCGGCUGCCACGAGUGUCUCUUCAUCGCCGGAGAAGAGCAGACCGAUGUUGUCGACAGCGCAAAUAGCUGGAAUUGUGGUAGCAGGGGUUGGUGGCAUUGUGUUAGCAGUUGGAGCUAUAUUGUUGUUUGCCUGUAUGAGACGGAAAAAGCAAGUGAACCGAGAUAGCGGAUACCUUCCAUUUCAACAAGAUCCUUCCAUGAGCAUCAAAUCUCAAUCGCAUUUUGGUAUAACGAAACCUAUGGCGCCAUCACCAGAUUUCGUUUCAUCCCGAGGACCAACACCAAUAGGCCCAUUUUUGGGAGCUCGAAUGCCCCCAAGAAUACCACCAAGAGGAGACCAGCCGAGCCCCGAUCCUUUCUCUCAAAGGAAUCCUAUCCCAGAAAAUAUUGGCCUUGCCAUGACCUCCGAAAGCCCCCAAAAUUUUCUUUUAACUCCAAUGGGUUACACCGAAGAAGUUUUCCAACGUGGGCCUUCUCCACUUUUACCCGAACGACCAACCCUCACCCUACAGGUUCCUUUCCAGACAAAUUCCAACAAUAUCCACACUGCUGCCUAUCAACAACCAUCAAGCUUAGCGGGCAACAAUCGGCAAUCCAUGGUUACACAAUUUGAAGAUGAAGAUACAUGCAGCACAGCUGUAGCAUCUGAUGUACCAUGGAAUGCAGCCUCCUAUGGCUCCAAGUCUAACGAAAAGGUUCUACAACAGCCUGAUCCCGCAUACUACCAACCAUCUCGUCUUCAAGGUGAACUUUCCCCAAAUGUAUCCGAAAGUAUCAUCAAUUCCUACAAGGAUCCUUCAGUAGAACCCGACUUCUACGUACGGCCCCUUAACCUCCAAAGGAACUUUUCACAACCUCGUCGACCCGAAAAUGCAAUGAAGCCUCCAGUCAGCCGCAAUCUAUCUAUCAACGACCCUCUCACAGCAUCUUCCUCUGUAUACUCUGCAAAAUCCCGCAUGCGACGUCCCUCGUCAAUCGAGGUAGAUCGACUAAACUCCCUCAUGCAAUCUAAUCCCUCAUUCCGUCGCGUCCUUCGGAAGUCCGCCUACAAUCCAGCGGGGCAAUACGAUCAAAACCGUACUUCCAGAGCCUCUGUAGGGUCCAUGACAUCUUUCGAAACCAUCGACUCUAUCAAUCCCGAACCCCAAGAACUUGCUGGCGACACUAACCUCAGUCCUGUCGUCGAAUCUCCCUCCGACAACCUUAAAAGUAUCGGUAAAUCUCCCGUCAAGUAUCCUAUAACUAAAGGCAACAGUAACCUAAGCCAUCACCAUUCCCGCAACCGCACCCACACAUCAAUAAUAACCAAUUUCCCCGCCCCACCACCCAUAUCCAUCGAGUCCCCUAUCUGUCAUCCGGUUGCACAAAGUAACAAACCCUGGCAAGAAGCCGAGAUCGCUGCUCAAAAAUUGCGCAUGACAUCCCUCGGACUAUCACCUGGUAAAUAUCUAUCACCCGGCUCUCACAAUUCCGCCAUCACAAUCCGCAAAAGCAGUGAUUUCUUCAAUCCCACAAAUUUGGCUUUAAGGAGUCCUCCGCCUCCAAUACCUCUACCCUUACCACCAAAUCGACAGAGAGAUAUAAGCCCAAUUGGCAUGGGCGCCGGUGGGGGUAAAAGAAAUGCACCACCUACCCCUUUAAGUCUAGCUUCUUCGCUCUCAAAUACAAACCCGUCACAAAAUAGUAAAUGGAGAAUUCUUCCCGACACCAACACUACCACCUCCCACAAGACAACCUUAAACCCCAUCGCCGUAGCAUCCCCGCACUGGCGUCCUCAAGUCCUCACCGGUAUAUUAAGAAAAGAUAGCGUUCAAUCUUUAAACAACAAUACCACCCCCAACAACCAAUCUCUAAACCCCACCACCAUCCAAGACCCCGAAGCAUCCUCAAUAUACAGCCAAGAAACCCGUAAAUUUAACUUCGAUCCAAGACUGACGCAAAUGACUACCAUGUCGGAUAUGCGGGCUCAGGGUCAGAUGGCAGAUCCCGAGGAUUUCAAUGCCAAUGCCAGUUCCAAUCAAGAUAUAAAUCCAAAUUUUAAUCCCAAUACCAAUACAAACAGCAAGCCAGUAGUCUACACCAAAACCAAUGGAUCCGGUCAAGUCAUCACCAUCAAUACCAAUGGGGAUCAUCCCAGCGCAUUACCCAAAACUCCAGGCUGGGUACCGAAACUCACACCUACGAGAAGGGGUAAUGAUUUAUUUCUAAAGGUGCAAUAG